UUUAAAAGUGACAAAAUGGCGAAUGAAGCAAGCAAAUUGCUGCUUUCUACACAACAAGAAAAACCAAAUCAUUACACGUACUUAAAGGAAUUUCGCGUCGAGCAGUGUCAGUCUUUUCUACAGCACAAAUGCAACCAGCAUAGACCGUUCGUGUGUUUCAAUUGGCAUUUCCAAAAUCAACGCCGCCGUCGUCCUGUCCGUAAACGAGAUGGCACUUUUAAUUAUAGUGCAGAUAAUUAUUGUACCAAAUAUGAUGAAACAACAGGGAUUUGUCCUGAUGGUGAUGACUGUCCAUUUCUUCAUCGCACCGCUGGUGAUACUGAACGUCGUUACCAUUUGCGUUACUAUAAAACCUGCAUGUGUGUGCAUGACACGGACAGUCGCGGGUAUUGCGUUAAAAAUGGACACCAUUGCGCUUUUGCACAUGGCAUUCAAGAUCAACGUCCGCCAGUAUACGAUAUAAAAGAGCUGGAAUCAUUGCAGAAUGCAGAGCUUGUACUCGACGGUACAAAUGCACAAAAUGCGUUGGACAAGGAACGCAAUCUAAUGAAUGAAGAUCCAAAGUGGCAGGAUACUAAUUAUGUUUUAACAAAUUACAAAACGGAACCAUGUAAACGUCCACCUCGUCUUUGCCGGCAAGGCUAUGCUUGCCCCCAGUAUCACAAUAGUAAGGAUAAACGACGAAGUCCUCGCAAAUUCAAGUAUAGGUCUACUCCAUGCCCAAAUGUUAAGCACGGCGAGGAAUGGGGUGAAACUGGUAAUUGUGAGGCAGGCGACAAUUGUCAGUAUUGUCACACGCGUACCGAGCAACAAUUUCAUCCGGAAAUCUACAAGUCAACUAAAUGUAAUGAUGUACAACAAGCCGGUUACUGUCCACGUAGCGUUUUCUGCGCUUUUGCACAUGUGGAACCAUGUCCUAUUGAUGAACUUCGCGAUAAUGCGCUCUCAGCUAGUUUGGCUAACUCAAGUUUAUUAUCACGUUCCUCGGCGCCAAUUAACAUUCCUAGCUCCACUCUUAAUAACUCUAUGAACGGUGAGUAUUUUAAUUCUGCCGGAUUUUCUGUCAACAUUCCAAGCAACUCGCUCACAUACAGCCCAACCAGUCACAGCAAUCUAUUCAGCGUGUCAGAUGCAUUUAACUAUACCGGUUCCAAUACAAAUAAAUUAAGUAACUCUCUCUCAGCGGCCACUCAAAACGAUAGUAGUAGUUUGUUCUUUCCAUCGCGAAUCAUAUCCCCAGGGUUCGCAGAUGGUUUAUCAAUAAGCCCAUCCGUUAGAAUAUCUGAAUUAAACUCAAUACGUGAUGACAUAAAUAGCAGCUCUGUGGGCAAUAUGUUAUUUGACAACACUUUGACUACCACGAAAAAUGCAUUUUCGUUGCAAUCUCUACAAAAUCAAAACAACUCAGAUGUCAAUCGUUUAUCGACCGAGUUAAUGACAAAGAACUCACAAAUUCUAAAGCUAACCAAUCGAAUUGAUGAAACUGCUAGGAAG